AUGGCUUACUCGUUGGCUACUAGUUCCUUCAUCUCUGCGCUCAAUCGCUUCCAAAAUCGUCGUAGAGUUCCUGCGUCCUAUCAUAGUGACAACGGGACCAACUUUGUCGGAGCAGAGAGGGAGUUAGCCGAAUGUCUAGAAAACCUCAAUCAACACGCCAUCCUACGUCAUCUGGGCCGUCAACCAUCGAAAUGGGUGUUCAAUCCACCAGCCGCACCACACUUUGGAGGUAGUGGGGAAAGAAUGGUUCGAGCAGCAAAGAUUGCACUGCGAUCCGUCUUGGGAAAACAACGCCUCACAGACGAAAUCCUGUUGACCGCCCUCACACUAAUAGAGAACAUCCUUAACAGCCGCAAGCUUAUCCCGGUAAGUGAAGACCCGAAUGAUCCGGAAUGCUUGACCCCAAAUCAUUUACUUCUUGGCCGUGCUACUCCUAAUCUUCCACCUGACGUCUUUACCGAAGAUGAUUUAUCCGCCAAGGAGAGGUGGCGAAUUGCGCAAGCAGUUACAGAACAAUUCUGGCGACGCUGGAUGAAGGAGAUAUUACCAAGUCUCACCGAACGUGAAAAAUGGUUAUGGGCCCAGCUACACGCUAGGUAUUCUUUUGUCAAAUAUAUUCUCAAUGUGGCGACCGAAAACAAAAAUGUGUCUAGGGAUACGACUCACAUUCCUAAAUUUGAUGGGUCAAAUUUUCACACAUGGAAAUUUGGUUUAAUGCUAUUACUUCGCAAUAAUGAGCUACAACAAAUUGUUCUCGAUGAGGAAAAACUACCAGCAGAGAUUAAAAAUACUGAAAAUGUGGUGACUAGCAAUACUGACAUAAAACUUUGGCUUCAGCGAGACACACUUCCAAGCAAUUAUAUUUAUGCAACGGUCACAGAUAGAAUGAGGGAGUAUCUUAUCUAUUGUGAAACCUCUGCAGCUAUGUGGACCAGACUGUCAACAAGAUUCACACUUAGAACCAUUGCCAACAAAGGACAACUGUGGUCCCAGUUUUACGAGUAUCAAUUCAAUCAAUCUCAAGACAUGUUGGCCAAUAUUACGUCGGUAGAAAGUUUAGUCAGGCAGUUAAAAGAUCUAGAAGAAACUGUCACAGAAGCUCAGACUACCAACAAGGUCGUUAGUAUCCUGCCAUCCCAAUUUCAACAUUUCAGAGUUGUUUGGGAUACAUACAAGGAAUACGAACAGACUAUGGAAUUACUCACAUUUCGACUACUGGCCGAGGAAAGAAGGAUGGAAACUGCAAAACGUGAAACUCCAGACAUCAGCAAACCUGCUGAAGCGUUCACUGUCACUCAUCAUUACCGAAGAGGAAAUUAUCGUGGUGGUCGUCAUAGCUCAAACAACAGGUGGUAAGGUCAAACACAACAGAACAACUGAAGGAAAAGACAGAAUGUAUACUGUGAUUUUCCUAA